AUUACUUUUCCAGACAUUAAAUUUACUGAAAUUAUUUAAAUUUACAGGGAGUGUCGACGUAAAAAAUGUGGACGGUUGAGAAGAAGUGUUAGGACUGAGUCAGUUUUCUCACAAUCACACUGCAGUCUGUUCACAUGGAUGAAGUAUAUACAUAGAUUUGCACAGGGUUUACAUCUACGGCAAGUAGACAUGCUUCAAGAUGGCAUUGCAAAGAGCACAGCAACUCUCUCCAUGAUGUCAAAGAAACUCAGAAGAGUUUGUUUAAAAAGCCUAAAAAAGCACCAAAAGAAAAAGAAGCAAAGAGUUGGUGGAGUUAAUGUCCUUGUUCACAUUGAUGAGAGCAAGUUCUGCCACAAACGCAAGUAUGCAAGAGGACGCUUUGGUAACACCUGGAAGAGAAAGAGAUCAUGGGUGUUUGGUAUACUUGAGAUCAAAUCUGCAAGAAGACGUCCCAUUCUUCGUCUUGUGAAGAAAAGAAACAAGGAGACCCUUGUUCCCAUCAUCAAAAAACAUGUGAAACGUCAAAGUCUAGUUGUGAGUGAUGAGUGGAAAGCAUAUGCCAGUCUUUCCCAGGAGGGGUAUAAGCAUGUCAGGGUCAACCACAGUAAAAAUUAUGUAGAUCCACAAACAGGACUACAUACUCAAAAUCUAGAGAGAGCUUGGCAGACCUACAAAAUGCAAAUUUGGCGAAUGCGGGGGAAUCGUUCUGAGAAGACCUUAAAACAACACCUAUGCUUUAUAGAGUGGACCCACUGGUUAGCAAGAACAUAUAAACAUGGUGUACUUGGAAGACUUCUCAAAGACAUAAGAAACAAUUACCACAGAUCAGUUUAGGACCUUUCUGUAAACAUUGUUGGUUAAUCAUAUCACACCAUUUAUUUUUAUAAUUUUUUGGCAUUUUUUAUUUUUACAGUUUUAUUUCUACAGUUACAGUUG